AUGGACAUGAGAAGAGAUAACAAGAGUUUUGGUGGAUCUACUAGUACUACUACUCAAGCUCAAAUGAUGAGUGGUGGUAAUAAGUUUCGGACAUUGUCGUCGUCUCAGAACAGUCCGAGGAGGCUAAUAUCAGCGAGUUACUUGAGUUUAGAGUCAAUGUUUGUGCUUAUUGGUCUCACAGCAUCACUCUUGAUCUUGCCAUUGAUUCUUCCACCAUUGCCUCCUCCUCCAUUUAUGCUGCUUUUGAUUCCUAUUGGGAUUAUGGUUUUGCUUAUGGUUCUUGCUUUCAUGCCUUCUAAUUCCAAAUAUGUAUCUUCUUCCACUUACAUGUAA